UAUGCUUUUCAAACGAUUAAUCAAAAGUCGACCUACGUAUCCCUAUGCCCGUUUUUGCAUUGUUUUUGUCUUCGACUUUUGACGGGAGAGCACGCGAAACAACAACGCGCUAAUUUGUAGAAUUUCAUUCACAUUAAAAAAAUAAAACAUAAAUUUUAUUCAACGGGCUUUAAUAAAAUAAUAAAAAACAAAAAUAUUUUGCAAUAAUCAAUAAUAUUUGUAAAUAAUAAUAAUAAUAAAAAACACAACAAAAAUAUAACCCUCAAACUUCUUUAGUUGUAAAGAAAAGGAAGAAGAAAAAAACGCGUGAGAGAGAGUGAGUGAGCCGUGGCCAAUAAUAAGAAAAACACAACAUAUUUUUUAGCACGUGUUUUUUUGUUUGUGUAAUUUAAAGAAUAAGAAGAAGAAGAGGCAUAUUAAAAUAUUCAUUCCCCCUUUACCACAUAACUCACAACUUACUUGGUCGUAAUCAAAACAAAACAAAAGAAGUGUGUUGUAAAGAAAAAUUAUUCUGAAUAAAUAAAAAUACAAGAAUCCCUGUAAAUUUCGUGCACAAAUUAGUGUUUUAUACUUAAAAAUAUCUUGAAAAAUACAAUAUUUUACAUUGUAAAUAAAUUAAAUAAAUCAAUGAAACAAAACAAGUGUUAAAUUUUAUAUGUCUUAGAUUAAGCGAAAACCCAUAAGAAUAAUAAUAGUGCAAUUUUUUUUGUAAAAAAAAAUAUAACCAACGUUUCCAAUUGCCUGUAGACCCUUCCCCUUUUUAUUGCCGGCAAAGGAAAUUCAGUUUUUGGACUUGACAUUGACUUCUCGUCGUAACACUUGCUGCAGCUACUUGUGUUGUGAACAACAACAACUACACUAUAUAUUUUUGGCGGAAUUACCAGCGAAUAUAUUUAAAAGGACUUCAAAAUGGUUCAGGCCCUCGAUUACGACUGUGAAGUGCAGGAGCAACAGGACAUACCCCAGGCCAUUCAACUGCUGGGUGAAAUGAACAGCAACGUCAAACAGGUCACCGAUUUGGUGGAAGGCAUGCUACAGCGUGUCAAACGUGGUGAACUUACAACAGAAUAUGGCCUCAGUUUCCUGGAAGUUAAAUAUCACAUGCUGCUCGAUUAUCUGAUCAAUUUGACCUAUGUUGUGCUGCGUAAAUGUUCCGGCGAAACCAUUGAAGGUGAUCCCUCAAUAGAACGUUUGAUUGAAAUACGUACAGUUUUGGAAAAAAUACGACCAAUCGAUUACAAGCUGAGAUAUCAAAUCGAUAAGCUGGUGAAAACGGCCACAACGGGUGUGUCAUCGACGACAGAUCCAAUUUUGUAUAAGCCAAAUCCUGAAAACAUGUUAACUAAUGCCAAUGGCGAUGAUGAGGAUGAAGACGAUGAGGAUGAUGAUGACAGUGCUUCCGAGUCCGAAGAAGAUGCCGAGGAUGAUGUCAAUGGCGUUAAGAAACCCAAAAAGGGUGCCACCGCAGGCAAACCUGGUAUUUAUGUGCCACCCAAAAUCAAACCUGUCUACUAUGAUGGUGAUGAGAAACCUGAGGACAAGGAGAAGAAAUUGUUGGAAAGAGCCAAGAAACGGGCAAUAACAUCAUCAAUGAUGGAGGACUUGAAGGAGGAAUAUUUGGAUGCCCCCACGGAAAUAUCUUCUGGCUCUCGUGCCCAACAGAUAUUGUCCAGAGCCCAAAAGGAGAAACAAGAAUACGAAGAAGCCUAUCUGACACGUCUGCCGGUGACCAAAGCUGAAAAGCAUCGCAACAGGAAACUGACAACAUUGGGCACCCUGGGCGAUGAAAUCCUCGGUGAAAUAAGUCGUGAUGCAGCUCUACGCGGUGAUUCGCUUGGUGGCAAAAAACGAAAAGCCAAGGGCGGUAAAGGCAAAAAGAAAGGUGGCAAAAAACGUAAAUUCCAUUAAAUAGCAGACAAUUGAAAGGAAACAAAACAAAAAAAAAAAAAAACACAAAAACUGAAAACAAGAAAUGGACCCGCAAAUCAACAAAAAAAUUAAAGAUUAUAGAAUUAUUCAAAAAAAAACUAAAAACAAGAACAAUGUAAUUAAUUAUAAAACAAAACACCCCUCUAACAGCAAGUAACAGAUGAAAAAAAUGAAGACGUCAUUAAAUUCACAAAAAAGUAAACAAUUUUUUAUAAAUUACAAAAAUUCCAGUUUUUACAUGAGAAAGAAAUAUUGAAAUAAUUAAUUGAAAUAAGAAUUGAAAAUGAAUUAUUAAUUAUUAAUUUAGAAAAGAAAAAAUACAGCAAUAUAAGAAAUGAAGUGAAUGGAAACAUAGAAUGAAAUAUGUGAAAAAAUAAAAAAAGAAUUGAAAAUUGUAACAACAACUAUAAAAGGAAAAAUAGUAAACAUUAUUUUUUAUGUUUUAAUUUUCAAAUUAAUAACAGGAAACGGAUUUUUUUUUUUAA